AUCCCCUGCCACUUCAUAAUGUUGCCUAUGCGCCCCUAUCUAUACAUCCCCUAGUAAGUCAUUCCCCUCUGCCUCUACUUGCUUGCAAGUUGAAGACAAAACCCCCAUCUCACAGGUUCCCUCUCUCAUAUGUAGUCAUAGUCAAUCUAACAUUUUUUUCUACUUGAUGCACGUAGAAACGCGUUCCUCGAGCAGCGUUCGAUAUUUUGUCCUUCGACGUUUAACUACGAUGAAAAUGCAGAAGAUGCCGU